AUGUCGACACCAGCAAGAAGAAGACUCAUGAGAGACUUUAAACGCAUGAAAGAAGAUGCACCACCAGGCGUAUCGGCAUCGCCAUUGCCUGAUAAUGUUAUGGUAUGGAAUGCAAUGAUUAUUGGACCGGCUGAUACACCAUAUGAAGAUGGUACAUUUAGACUACUAUUAGAAUUUGAUGAAGAGUACCCUAAUAAACCACCACAUGUUAAAUUCCUAAGUGAAAUGUUCCAUCCAAAUGUUUAUGCCAAUGGAGAGAUAUGUCUUGAUAUUUUGCAGAAUAGGUGGACACCGACUUAUGACGUAGCGUCCAUACUUACGUCGAUUCAAAGUCUUUUCAAUGAUCCAAAUCCUGCGUCUCCAGCUAAUGUAGAGGCAGCAACUUUAUUUAAAGAUCAUAAAUCUCAAUAUAUCAAAAGGGUCAAGGAAACUGUAGAAAAAUCGUGGGAGGAUGACAUGGAUGAUAUGGAUGAAGAUGAGGAAGAUGAGGAAGAUGGAGAUAACUAA